AUGCCUUUUACUCUAUCUGACGAUGGUCGAUUCGCCGCUACAGCGGGAGAGAAAGAGUUAAAAAUCCAUUCACUUAAAGGGGAUGGGGAUAUCCGGCCAAUCUCCCUGCAAGACUUGACAGGGCCUGUUAAACACCUACAAUGGGCUACUGGAGAAUCCAGAGAGCAAUCCUUGCCUGGACAAAGGGAUGAAAAUACUACCAUACAGCGCGUGUUGUGCGCCGGCGGGAAUAAAAUUUUUGUUCAUGACGCCAACGAGGAGACAUGGUCAGCCAAAAUAGAUGCCGGGGAGAUUACAGGGCUGGCCCAUGUGAGCUUCUCUCAAUCAGGCGAUGAGAUCAUUGUUAUACCUGAAUUCAACACCCAUUUGACGAUAUUCUCUCUCACAUCAGGCCAUCAGCGAGUUAUCAAAUGCCCAAAGUUUGCGGGGCAUUCAACCUACGCAUUUCGCCCAAGCUCUGGACAUCUCGCGGUGUUGACUAAAGGGAAUACAGGAGAUAUUCUAUCAUUACAUGAAGUUGGAUCCCAUGAAGUUAUUACAGCUGUCAAUCUCCCUACUACGGACGCAAGGGGCCUGAAAUGGAGCCCUGAUGGUAAUUGGAUAGCAGUGUGGGAUACCGCAAGCCAAGGCACUAUGGUAGUAAUUUACACAGCCGAUGGUCAGCGAUUUAGGAGUUAUGAAGGAUCUAGCACCGGUGACGAUGACCAUGACUUUGGUGUCAGAACUGUUGAAUGGAGUCCAGAUUCUCAGCUUUUGGCCAUUGGCAAACAUGAUGGCACUGUUGAGCUGAUAAGUGGGACAGCGGUAUGUCUUUCCAUUCUAUGGCGCAAUAAAAUAAACAAUAAUGCUUACUUUGGUGGAAAUCAACAGUUCGUGCUUAUAGCUGUAUUAGGAGAUCCAACCACAGAGCCUAUUGGGCGUGAUGUGUAUGUUGAACAGGAGUCGACGAUACCAGAUAUCACGGAUUACAUGUUGGCUCCAGAAUCACCUGUGUUUCCAUAUACCUACAACCUAUCGGCAGAAGACCGCAUCGUCUCCAACAUAUCAUUUAACCCCACAAGCAGUGCAGCUGUGACUAUUGACGAAAGUAUGCCCAACAUAGCUUGGAUGUGGUCUGUUGAGGGCAGCAAGCCAACUCUGUCAGGAGCUCUUGUCCACAGCGCCAACAUCAAGCAAUUAUGUUGGAACAGUGAGAUCCCGGAUCUCCUAAUGACUAUGAGCGGGGACGAUACCACGAUAGCAGUCCACCAGUGGCUCUGUGGCCGAAGUCCUCGCGGUGCGAUAAUCCGCAGUCUGCGAGGGCGAGCUGAAGUUGGCUGGAUCAAGACAGACAAGGAGAUGGGCGGCCUCUUCUGGGUGGGAGGGCAGCGAGGAUACGAGAUGGGAUAUCUCACUGGCACCGGUUCGUCGACUCAGCUGCACAAAGUGGCCGCCAUCGAUGAUGCCGCAGAGCUUCUGCCUCCCCUGAGCGACGUUGACUUUCCUCUCACAAAGACCGAAAAAUAA